AAAAGUGAAAUAUUGUGUGUAUAUUUUUCAAAUUACAUGUGAGAGUAGGUCGUCCGCCCAGUACCUACGCGACGGGAUUGAAAAUUGAGGUACACGCUCCGCCUCGCCUCAUUGCCAUCACUGCAUUCAUUCCAUUUCAAAACCACAACAUUUUACGGUCGAGCCGGAAAUAAAUAGUGGUCCGACCAAUGGCUUGCAGAAGACGAUCUUCAUGCCCGGUUCUGGUCGAAUCUGAUCCAACCGACCGGUUUGAUAGUGAUUUGACAACCUAAGUAGACAAUUACUUCAAAUUCUUAAAUAAUUAAAUAAUUUAGAGACAUUGGUGGCAGACUGACGGUGACGGUGGCGAUGAUGGUGGUGGGGGCGGUGGUGGCUGGUGGUGAUAAUUUUAGCUUUAGAGGGGAGAGGGCAAAGCUUGGCCUGCUGGCAAAUUCUUCAGAAAAUGCCACACCUCUUAUUAUCCUCUUCAAUCGAGGAGCUUUUCUGCCUUUUCUCUUUCUUUCUUUCUUCCUUCCCUCUCUCACUCUCUCUCUAUUUCAUCAUUCAUGGAGGAUUGGAGGAGAUCCAAGUAAACCAGACUUUUACCCCAUAAAUCCUACAGCAUCAUCUCCCUCCCUCCCUCUUCUCUCUUUUGUCCAAAUACCCACAACAGGAAAACGUUAGCUUCCUUUUCACACCCAAAAAAAUCAAAUACCGGCAAGCAUUUUUCCUCCAUUCUCUCUCUCUCUCUCUCUUAGACUCUCAUCUUGGCGUCAUUCUUCUAAGCUGGGAAAGCUAAACCCAGGUUUAUACUCUCCCUCCUCACUCUCUCUCUCUCUCUCUGUUUUUAUGUUCAGUUUUUAUUACAUUAAUGGCUGAAUUGAUUCAUGAUGUAAGCCUUUUUGUACCCCAUUUCCGGCCGAGUGUGAAGAUACAUUUUCCCUUCUGAGAUUGGGAAUUUUUUGUUCUGGGUCUCAUACCUGAUCACUUGUAGCGUACAGGGUAAUAAUAAAGCUGCAGCCUUGAUCAGAGCUUCUGCACUUGUUUCAUAUAGAUCUUUGGUAGUCCAGUUUGCUUUUGGGGGUAAAAGCCAACCACCCCACAUCUCAGAUCUUGCAUCCUGUAUGAAUAGUAAUAGUAAUUAGCUAGCUAGGCUAGUGUGCAAAACGAAAGCCACACCCAACAACUUCGCCACCCAGAUUCCCAAAACCAACCACCCCACAUCUCAGAUCUUGCUCUAGCUUGUGAAGCUCCUGGAGGCGGGCAACUCAGGAAACUAGCGUUGCUGUGGACUGUGGUUGUUGUAAAGCUCGCUCAUUUCGCCCCAUUCGACUUCAGAUCUCUAGCAUAGCAUUAGCAGGUGACUUACAUAUUUCAUUCUUCAUCAUAUCUAUCUCAGUCUCACAUCCAAUCUCAGAUCUUAAGAUGAAUGAUCAUUAUAACCGUAUAAUAUAACCCUCCCUUGUCCUAUGUCUGGCAAUGCUUUAGUGCUCUUCCUUAAUUUGGGUGCUUAGUUUUCCUCCUCCCUCAGUUGAUCGAUCAGAUGUAAAAAAUGGGGUCUGGAGUGUCUGUCGGGUAGGGGAUUAGUAAGCUAGGCGCUUAAUUUGAGUUUUUACAGGGCAAAUAUGGAGUCUUCACUUCCAGUUUCUCCUGGCUCAUAGCUUUAGUGAAGCCAGGAUUCAUUGUUUUUUUUUCUUCUUCAAACGCUUCCAUAGUCUCAAGUGUUGGUUUGUGUGUUUACAGGUUUCCUGUCCUACAUAAACCCAAACCAGUGCCAUGCUCAAGCAAAUCCUCAGCAAAAUCCCCCGCAAGUCCUCGAAACCUGACCCAAUAGAUGCCACCACGGUGAUCGACACUGGUACCAACAACAAUCCUGUUUCCAACUCGAGCAAUGGUGCCCCCUGUAGUACUACUACAAAUGGAGGGAACUCAUUUUCAAGCCGGCUGAAUGUCGUCAAAAGGGUAUCUUCAGCAGUUUUCCCUUCAAGCAUUAUGUCAGGGGGAGUAGAUGCCGCAGUUGAGCCCCAUAUCUCCUUCAAAGACAUCUCACCCCUACAAAAGCAGAACCUCUUUAUCAGCAAACUAAACUUCUGCUGCGAGAUCUCCGACUUCAGCGAUGCACAUCUAGACCUCAAACGAGAAGCAUUGGUCGAGCUCCUCGAUUUUGUCUCUUCUGGUUCUGCCAAGUUCACCGAACCAGCCAUUUCUGCCAUUUGCAAGAUGUGUGCUGCAAACCUCUUCCGUGUCUUCCCUCCCAAGUACCGUAAUUCUUCCAAUGCCACAGAAACAGAUGAUGAAGAGCCCAUGUUCGACCCGGCUUGGUCGCAUUUGCAACUUGUGUACGAGCUGCUACUUCGGUUCACAAGUUUGGUCGAUGCUAAAGCGGCUAAGAAGCAAGUGGAUCACUCCUUUGUUUUGAGACUGCUCGACCUAUUCGAUUCCGAUGAUCCAAGAGAGAGGGACUGUUUGAAGAGCGUUCUACAUAGGAUUUAUGGCAAGUUCAUGGUGCUGAGACCAUUUAUAAGGAAAGCAGUGAGCAAUAUCAUCUACCGUUUUGUUUAUGAGACCGAACGGCACAAUGGGAUUGCUGAGCUAUUGGAGAUAUUUGGGAGCAUUAUUAGUGGGUUUGCCUUGCCAUUGAAGGAAGAGCAUAAGUUGUUUCUGUGGAGGGCUUUGAUGCCGUUGCAUAAACCUAAGUCGGUGGGUAUCUAUCAUCAGCAGUUGGCAUAUUGCAUUGUGCAGUUUGUGGAUAAGGAUCCUAAACUUACCGGUGAUGUGAUCAAAGGGUUGUUGAAGUACUGGCCGGUGACUAAUAGUCAGAAGGAGUUGAUGUUUAUAAGUGAGGUAGAGGAGAUGCUGGAAAUGACCAGCAUGGAUGAGUUUCAGAAGGUUAUGGUGCCUUUGUUUCGAAGAAUUGGUGGCUGUCUGAAUAGCUCCCAUUAUCAGGUGGCAGAACGAGCACACUUGUUAUGGAACAACGAGCGAAUUGUCAACCUCGUCAUCCAUAACCGACAGGUGAUAGUUCCGAUUGUGUUUUCAGCACUCGAGCGCAACAGUCAGAACCACUGGAAUCAAGCAGUCCUCAACCUAACGCAGAACAUAAGGAAGAUGUUUCUGGAAAUGGAUGAAGAGCUGAUGCUCGCCUGCCAAUGUAAGUUGGAGGAAGAACAGUCCAAGUCGAACGUGGUGGCCGAGAAGAGGAGACUGACUUGGGAAAACCUGGAAAGUGCAGCUGGUGGAGCUACAGGUUUCAACAACCCGAUUUCCAACACCAUCAACUUAGCUCAUGUCGAGUCAGCCUCCUGUUCUGUUGCCUGCUAGUUUGGCCACUAGCACUGAGAGGACAGCAACCAUUAGCUUCGCGAUGCAGCAUAAGUAACCACACAUUCUUCUCUACGCAUUCCCGUGGGUGGCGAGUAGGGAUGCUGUUUGUAGUUGUGUUAAAAAGGAUUGGUAAAUGUUUAGGGUUGCUUGGGACAUACGCAAUGGGAUGGAUGAGGUGGUGGUGGUGAGAAUUCGACGAGCCCCUCAAAAGCCUUUUGCACUAUGAAAGUAUGUGUAUUAUGAAAGGCUGUUUGUUUUCAGUUGUGCCCCCCCAAUUUGUUGCAGGUUCUAACCUUAGCAAGAGAGAUUAUUCAUUUUUAUUGAAAAAGCUGUUUGCUUCGGUACUUGUAUAGCUAGUUAAUGCAGUUUGCUUUCCCACCCAAUUUUCCAGAUCAUCAGUUCUUCUUGCUAGCUCUGUUGUUAUUCAAAGACUGGUUGCUUCCUGCACCUGAUUUUGUAUGUUUAGCACGUCCUUUUGUUACCAUUGCUUGGACAAUCAUAUGCAUUUUUUCGAUAAUGUCGGUUGAACCAAGGGACAAGUUGGACGUCCUUCUCUAAUGAUCCAAAGUUCUUGCAACUGCAUAACCCACAACGAAAAUGCAGAAGCCAACAAAAUCUGCAGAUUCAGAACCUGUUUCAUGAGCUGGGUUUCCCAGGAAGUAGGAAAAUGACUGUGAGAAAUGGCGGUAAUCUCUUGGUAGUGUAGGGAUGUGGAAGAAGUGAGCGAUUUAUGGAAGUUUGGGGUAUGGCCAGCAGCAGCAGUAUCAGACAUGGCCGACCAGCAUCAAUCCAUAAUCAUAGUUUUCUCCGCAAUUUCUAACAGCCCUCAAUCAGGGUUGGAAUCCCGGCAACCGAAUGGAUCAUUACACUUCUUCACAAGGGACCAAAAGGGAUAAUUCAUGAGUGGGAAUCAUUACCGGCAUUGACCGCAUCAGCUCAUCAUUCUAGUUAUAUCUGAUCCCACCAAUCAAUAGAUAGACUGCAGAAAUGCUUCUCCAAGGGUUCAUAAGAAAAUUGUGUGCAAAUGCACUUAUUGGGUUUAUGAUAUGGAAAGAUUACAAGUGAGCUCUUGAAGUAAAAUUAAUUAGCUUCU